AAAAUUUAUUUAAAAUAAACACCGGUAUAAUAAAUCAUAAUAAUCAUAUAGAACGUUACACUUUGCAUGUGUUUUUUGAUUGUCUCCUUGUUGCAAUUAAUAAAAAACAAACAACAUAGCAAAUUUACGUACGACAGUUCCAAUUUUGUGUUCAGUCAAUAAAGGCCUAGGGGGGAGUCAACACUGUAUCCGGAUAGAACGUCGUAUAAAUAAUAAAUAAAUAUGUUUAUUAUAUGUUAUGUUAAUCUUAUAUAUUAUUAUUAUCUGUUUACCAAGUACACUCUUAUAAAUGUAUCGCACAAUAAAAAAGCUCUAAAAAAAUUACGUACAUAUAAGACAAUAGUCAAAAGUGAGUAGGUAUGGUAGAAACUACAAAUGGAAAUGGUACGUUAGUAAGUAUUAAUAUGUAUUAAUACAUAAAUCUAGAAAUCUCUGUUAAUAAUGAAAACAACAAAUAACAUAUUUAAAAGUUACCUAGGUACCUAUCAAAGAGAUGUUACUAAUGGGUUACUUCCUCAACACGACAUUCAUGCCAUUUUAUUUUUGUAUAUAUAAUAUUUGCUUAUUGUAAAUUGUAAUAGUUUUAUCUGUACAGACUGUAAAUAUUUUUAUUUAAUAAAAGAAAAAGAGAUAAAAAGUUAUCUAGCACCAUAAAGCAUUAUGAUUUGAAUGCUACUAUUAAAUUUGUUGACAGUAAAUUUUGCUUAAAAUAUUCUCUUAACUUAUAUUUACCGAUCAAUAUUGUUUUGUUUCGAACAAUAUGUACAUCCGUCGGAAUUCUGUCCAAACCUGGUAACUCAUUUAGUGCCUAGGUAUAUUAUACCUUAUAAGUACAUCCUGUAUCUGUAUUAAAUUAAAACGAAUGACUAAGUAUGGAUAACCUUGAUCAUUGAUACCGUAAUCCAUAGUAGACGUGACGUAAUAAUCAAAUAGGUAGGACAAGUAGGUACAAUACUAUACAAUUUAUUGUUUUAACGACUUCUUAUUUCCAAUUACGUAGGCGCCGGUGCGCCAUACACGUAUUCAUCGAGUAUGAAAUGUUGAAAACUAUUUUCUUAGAUUCUAUCAAAAGUUAAAACUAAAAUGUGUAUAUCGGAGUUGUCCCGGAUGAAAAGUACAAAAAAUGGAAUAGUAACAUUGGUAGUGGUAAUAAAUUUGCAAGACGAGCUCGUUCCUUCAAAGAAGAUUUAUUGGAUAUUAUAUCAUCUGCAAUGCGAUCGCCUAGUCAUAGCGCCAUCAGUUCCAGAAGUGGUUCGCCAAAAAAUGGUUUGCCAAAGCAAAGACAUGCUUCAUCAGGAAGUAGUCCUAAACGGUCCCUUAAUGACAUCGACUUUCAUGUUAGACAAGUUCAGAUAGCCUUGAGACAUUUCCUUGAUGUAGUAACAAAAAAUAAAUUAGAAAUGUUACCUGGAAAUGGUACAGUAGUUUUAGAAACAGUAACAACAAUCUGUGGGGUGUUUAAAUCAUACGAUAUUAAUGAGCAAAGUUCCCUAGUCGUAUCUGCUUUAAAUCAAGUGUACCAAAGUGUAGCACAAUUGAUUAAGCUAUGUGAUGAUGUGCUUAUAUUUGGAGAAAAAGCAAUCAAUACAGAUAAUGUAUCAGAUAUACUGCGUUUGGUUGAGCUGGCUAUUCAGAAUUUGGUAUCAUUAACUAAUGACAAACUUAACCAUGGUGUACUUAAAACUGUGUACAAAGACGAGGAUUCAUUGAAACUUCCCGAUGAACUGAAGCAAAGGGUUUCAUUACCAGAUAUACCAUUAACACCGAGAGAAAGAGAAAUAUUAGAACAAACGAGUAAUCAUUCCUUUGAUACGGUUGACUGUAACCCUCCUUCAAAGCCACCUUUACCUGAUCGAUCAUGGUUGAAAAAGACUGACCAAAAUAAUUCUCCUCCUCCUUUGCCACCAAAACGUCGUACUGGGCAUAAUAACACCAAGCAUACCCUAUGCAAUUUAUCUUUAGAGCCGUUAAGUCUUUCUGAUAGGUCUUCAUCAAUAGGUUCGCUGGAUUCAAUUUUAAAUGAUGAUGAAGUUAACAUUGUUAUGUGCAAUGAUGAUAGUUCUUUUUUAACAAAUGAUGCCAACCAUGUAUGUGGCUAUUGUAACUGUUCUUCCAGUUCUGCUUCAGUAGACCAAUGCAAUGAAAAACGAAUAUCUCCAUUUUCCGAGUAUCCUCCUCAACAUACAAUGGUGGAAAAGAAAACUGCAUUUAUUCAUCAGGCAUCAAAUCAAGUUUGGACACAUUCUAAAUCCACAACUAUACAUCAAAUCACUAAUAGAACUGUUGUAUCAAACGAAAUUAAUUGUUCAGCAUCAAAUGAUGAAAUUCCACCACCAGUGCCAGAAAAAAAACGGAUAGUUAGGCAAAGGUUGAGGUCUACUUAUGAUAAUUUAUCUAUGGAUGAAAUGGCCACUCAAUAUAACUUCCAUAGAAAUAACAGUCAUUGUAGUAUUCAAGCUUUAACACAUACUGCAUCACUUGAUAACCCUGCAGUUGAUCCUUCAAAUCCACCACCUUUGCCAUUGAAAAAGAAACAUAUGUUUCAUUCGGUGGCCUAUUCUGUAAUGGCAUACAUGGAAAUGUUUGGCAAUUGUACGCAUGGGAAUACUACAGAAUUUCUACGUCAUUCUGUUCAUACAUACACAAUGCUUCAUCAAAGUAAUUGGCAUUCACCUCAAAAGUAUCAAAGUGAAAUCCAAAGUUAUAGUGUUGAAAAUUCUUGUCAACAAUAUUAUUUUACCAAUGACUCUGAUCCACCAGCAUUACCUCCUAAACGAGGUAAAAUAAUGACAUCUUCUUAUAGAGAACUGACACCACCUAAUUCUCCAAAUAAAGUAUACAUAACAGAAGUUAUAUCGACUCCAAUUCAAACCCAGUGUUUAGAAAUUCAGGAUAUUACACCAAGUACUACUGAACAACCUCUACAAACUGAUAUUAGUGAAGUUAACAUUAUGGAUGAUUUAAAUGUAUCUCAAUGGCUAGUAUUUAAAAAACCAGAAGAAGAUGGACCACUUGUUCGUGGCGGACAUGCAGAUGCUCUUGUAGUUCAUGCUACAAAUGCAGUUAAAAAUGAUUUCAUGUAUCAAGAAGCGUUUCUUACAACAUAUAGAACAUUUAUAUCACCUUUAGAGUUAAUUCAAAAACUAUGCAUGCGACACCAAAGGUUCCAGAACUCUGGUGAUUUGAAUAGGCAGAGAGCUGGCCGAGAAUCAUUUUCUCUAUUGGUUAGAGUAGUUAGUGAUUUAACUUUAACAGACUUAGAUAAUGAAGUGCUGCAAAUUCUUAUGAAAUUUGUAUAUCAAUUAUUAUGUGCUGGGGAUUUAACCAUGGCAAAAGCACUAAGAGUAAAACUUUUAGAAAGGUAUCAAGCGAAAUUGGUGCAUAAUACUUCAAUUAAUGCCUUGUUACCAUCUCAAAAUAUAUACACUCGUCAAGCCACUUUAUUAGACUAUAAGACAGAACUUAUUGCUGAACAAAUGACUAUGUUGGAUUCAGAACUGUUUAUGAAAAUUGAGAUACCUGAAGUUUUAAUUUGGGUUAAGGAACAAAAUGAAGAACGUAGUCCAAAUCUUACAGAAUUUACAGAACAUUUUAACAAAAUGUCAUACUGGGCGAGGUCACGCAUACUAGAACAAAAUGAAGCUAAAGAACGUGAACGCUAUGUUUUGAAGUUUAUCAAGAUAAUGAAAAGCUUAAGAAAAAUGAAUAAUUUUAAUUCAUAUUUAGCCCUUUUAUCUGCUUUAGAUAGUGCACCAAUAAGACGUUUAGAAUGGCAAAAAUAUAUAACUGAAGGAUUAAAAGAAUAUUGUGCACUGAUUGAUAGCUCAUCAAGUUUUAGAGCAUAUAGACAAGCUUUAGCUGACACAAAUCCUCCUUGCAUCCCUUACAUAGGACUAGUAUUACAAGAUUUAACAUUUGUACACAUCGGAAACAAUGAUUAUAUAUCAGACAAUAUAAUAAAUUUUUCAAAAAGAUGGCAACAGUUUAAUAUUGUUGAAAAUAUGAAGAGAUUUAAAAAAGGAUGCUACAAUUUCAAGAAACAUGAUCAUAUCAUUGCAUUUUUUAACAAUUUUGAUGAGUUUCUAUGUGAAGAAGCUAUGUGGCAAAUCAGUGAAGGCAUAAAGCCAAGAGGAAGUAAAAAAACUACAUGAAAGUAUAUUUAAUAAAAUAUAUUAAAUUUAUAUAGCAAAUGAUGUUCAAAGCAGUUGUAAGGAAUUUUUUGGUUUUUACAAUGAUUUUGUGUUUUUCCAAAUGAAAACAUAAUUGUCCACGGCAGUGAGACUCAUAUAGCCUCCUCGAUUAUCAAAUAUCUAUUGCAAAGUGAUAAAAUUAAUUUUUGUAAAUGUUCAGUAGUUUACGGAUGAUUUACCGUGAAAUUGUUAAUAUUUUAUAUAUUAGUUCUCCAACUUUUUCACAAUGACAAACAAAAUGCAUCUUAUACUGUACUACAAUUAACAAAAAUUGCAAUGUUCAGUAAAUUAUUCACAACAAUUUUAAUUUCCCCUAUGAAUUUAUGACUUACUUUAGUUGACUUUUCAAUUGAAUUUGUUCAUAAGUAUAAAUAUUUUAAAUAUUAAUGUAAGGUUAAAUCAGCCGUUUUUAAUUUUGAAUUUGUUAUUCACAAUUUUUAUAAGCACUUCAAAUUUGAAAAAUAACAUACACACUAUACUUACACCGUGCACCACGUUGAAUCAUUAUGUAAUCAUUGCUAUCAUAUUUGGAAAAAUAACAACAUGUAACUCCAUCAUAGUGAGUGAAAUGAAACAAACUCAUGUCCAUCCAAUCUGCUUUUAAAAUUAUUAUAUUUUUGGUAAAUUUGGAAUAUCUCAUUAAUUUGGGUACCUAAUAUAUACUUGUAUUAUUAUUAAAAUUAGAUCAAAUUUUAAAACUAACAAUUAACAAGGUCUUGAACAAGAUAGAUUUUAGUAAAUAUCUAGUCAUUUUUUUAAAAAAACUUUAUUUUAUUAAGCUAUGUUUUCUAGUUGAAAUUUUAUACAUGAUUUUUUUUAACUAUUAAUAUUAUUAUUAGAUAGUCUUAUUUUUAUUUAUGUAUAGUAAAGUUUAUUUAUUUAUUUUUAUUUUAUUCAAAAAUAUUGAAUAAAUUAUUACUAUGAAUAUUUAUUAAAUUCACUAAAUGUAUUUACAACAUAGUACUAUCAUUUGCAAUUGACAUAUUUAUUUUUUAUUUUUAUUUAUGUUUUAAUUGUUGAAUACAAUCUAGACCAGGGGACUUCAAUCUUUCUACCUAAUGCGGGCUAUAAGAUUGAGGGCCGCAUUCCUAAUAAAAACAUGUAUUGAUUUAUUAAAAAUACAUGUUAUGCUUAAAAUAUGUUAGUGAUCCUCAAAUAAAGA